AUGUGCACCAUGCGAACUUUUUACUCUGCAGCCAAUCAAAGCUUCGAACGGCUUCAUGGGAUGCGCCUAGAAACCAGUCCCAGACCUGCAGAACUCUUCUUCCAGUCCCAUUUUGAACAGGGGGCCAACUUUGGCGUCUCCAGGGCAACCGACAGCAUGCCCAGCGCUUGGGGUACAGCAGUCGGAGAAUUGGCUGCACAAGAUCUACUGGGACUGCGUAACCUGCCCCCGGCCAUUGAACAGUUGCCAUACCAACGGGAGGCAGAAGAUGAGCCGGCAGGGGGCCAGAGUGUGUCUAGAUUCGGCCAUUUGCCAGCCAGGGGUAUGUACCUGCCUCAGGGCGGCAGUGGCGAUGCUGGGACUCGAGCAGGAGGCGGUCGCACGGUGGGAGGGGGCCGGUCGAGACCGACACCGUCGGUGGAGAGAAGCACAAAGGCAGGCUGGUGGCCGGAAGAUGCGUCUGCCUCGCAUCUGCCCAGUUGCCGAGUGAGCAGGAUGCUGAAUCGAGCCCAAUCGUGGGGCGGAGGGCUUCGGUCUGCAGGUCUUCUGCCGGGCGAAUUUGACAUGGACAGUUGCGAGGGAGAAGAAGAAGAAGAAGAAGAAGAAGAAGAAGAAGAAGAAGAAGAAGAAGAAGAA